AUGAGUGUCUCGGGCCAGCAUGGAAGGCCGGACGGCGAGAUGUUCCUCAACCGUCCCAAUGACCGCGACUCCCCCACCAUCGUCGAGCCGUUGCGCAUUAAUAAAAGAACCUCCAGCGCCUCCUCAGGCGUGCCCUCUAUUGCUGGCAAGCAGAGUCCUGUCCCCCAGCAGCCUGCUCAGCCUGCCACUGUCUACCCGAUGCCGUCCCUCCCCUACCCGGACGAGCAGGCUCGCCUGCAAGCACAAGCCACCCGGUCCAAUGGGUCUCCUGCCCCUUAUCCUUAUCCGGAUGUGAGAAGAGUGACUUCUCCUGAACAGAGCGGAACUGUAGGCAAUGGGGCAAGGCAGCAGGCAAAGAGGACGACAUCAGGAGAUGGACGUAUCCCACAAACACUGGCAGAACGUCGGGGGACGGCGCCAAAGCCUCUGCCAGAAUCCCCUGGCCCGGAUGCGCCAGAUAAAGAAGGACUAUUCCAGCGCCCUCCUCAGCGAAGGGAUCCGCCGAGUACGGCGCCUCUCCCAAGCCAAAAUGAAUCUCGCCAGCAGUAUUGGCCGCCACCCCCCGAAGGUGCGGCCGCUGCAGCAGACGCUUUGAGCAGGUUGAAGAUCAGGGACCCUUCCUCGAUCAACCGAAUAAGUUCGACGGCAUCCACAUCCACCACCAGGGCUCAGCGCGGAUCUCCUCCACCGCCAGAAACGCCAAUCGUUGGCCCGGGGGCCCGUCCACAGACCGACAUCGAAGCCCGCUACGCAGCGUCUGGCAUUGCAGCCCGCCCAGACACAGACCAACGCUCCCCCUCGGCGGCCUUGGACGCGACCGAAGCCCCGGGGAGCUCGCAACACCCUGCUCCGACAGUGUAUCAAGGCAUGGAAGAAGCUCGCCCAUCACCCCCAACUGCAGCCGCCGCAUCGACGGCGCGCUCAGGGGCUCUUCAAUCUCCAACUCGAGCCCAGCACCCUGUCGAAACUGAGAUAUCCAGGCUGCAGCCUCAUGAAGAGCCUCCUCCGGCAUACUCUCAGAUUCCUGGUGGGAGGAACGUCUCAGGGAACGAGAAACAAAGGAGAAGUAUGGUCGGGGCCGCUGUGGCGCCAGCGGCGACAGCAGGAAUCGCACCCACAGCAGCUCCACAACCAACCAGCUUCAUGCCAGGAACACAGGUCCCCAACCAGAUGGACCACCCAGCAUUUGCGAACGACCCUAGGCAAGCAGUCCAAAGCCCACAGGCCCAUGCGACCAUGAACGGUCAGAUGCCACAAGCACAGCCCAUCGUGCCUCAGACACCUUCACAAAUUCCUCCCGCUUCUCCGCCACCGCUUCCCGAGGGUUGGAUAGCCCAUUUAGACCCAAACUCGGGGCAAUAUUACUAUAUCCACUUACCUACACAGUCGACGCAGUGGGAGUUUCCCAAAGGUCCAACGCCGCUCAACCUCAAUGAUACACCUUUGUCUCCGGUCGCCAGCGUCUACCAGAACCCGCUCGCUUCACCUGGCUUAUCUUUCACUUCCAAACCACUGGCGUCUCCGGGCAUUCCCAUGACUCCUGGAUAUGAGCAGCAAAGUGUGAUGGGCUUGCCUGGACCAGCAGCCUUCACUGGACCGCCUCCGAGCGCUGGUGUGGAUCUGUACAAGGUGGUGGCAACGAAUGGCGUCUACUUUGGUCCUUAUCUUCGCUACGCCAAUAUGGAUAUAGAGCGCGGCGUCUGGUAUGGAUCGAUACUGCUGGUCACGGAUGCACCCCAACCACCAACAAUACACAUUCAUCAGAGUGUCGAUUUGUCGCCAAAUCCGCGCCAGUUGAAAGCCAGCUGUAUUUCAACUCAUCAGCGCUGGACAUUUUACAAGUACGAGGUUGACCUGCACAUGGAAGAGUCUGGAGCUGCCAAAUGGACAUAUGCCAUUACUUCUCAUCUGGGUUGCACGAGAUAUGAGUUCCUGGUGGCUGGCAAACAUGAGACCAAUUGGCGUUUUGUAUGCACCUCUGCGAACGACUUUUCCCUCAACGUGAGCGCCAACGAGCGCGCCAGACUGGGCGGGGUGGGAUUCAUGUGGAAAGACAUCAUGCAGAAACAUGCCGAAUGCGGCGGGUUCCACUGCCAGCUCGGCUUGGGCAGUCAGAUCAAUGCUGACAGGCUGUGGAAGGAGAUACCAUCGCUGAAACAGUGGCUGUCAACGAGCGGGAAAGAAAACCGCAAGAAUGCAGUCUGGACAGCAGCGCACGAAGAGGACGUGACGCAUGCAUAUUUUCAUUAUUACACGAGUCAUUUUGAUCAGCCAUAUUUGCGCGAGGCUUUUGCCCAGAUACCCCAUAUCUUGACGAUUGAUGAUCACGACAUCAACAUGUUCAAGAACAUUGGAAGGAUUGGUAUAGAGAUGUAUCUGCUAUUCCAGCAUCACACCACACUCGAACUCCUUCGGAAUGUGUCAGACGACAGAGACCUGUUUACCAUUACGGGGACGGGGUGGCACUUCGUCAAAUUCCUCGGGCCAGCGGUCGCCGUUGUCGGUCCAGACACUCGAAGUGAACGGACACUCCAUCAAGUCAUGGCAGGCCCUACCUACCAAGGUCUAUUUCCAAAGAUUGCUCUGCUCCCACCUACAAUCCAGCAUUGCCUCCUGAUGAUACCGGUCCCCUUGAUCUAUCCGAGGCUGGAUGCUGCGGAAUCGAUAGCGCAGACCGUGGCAACCGGGAAGAAAGCGGUGACGGGGGCCUAUAACGUGCUCGGCAAAGUGACGAGCUCCGUUGCAGGCGUGGUCGGAGCGAAAGGGGCAGUUGGAUCGGGAUUUGACUCGGUCAAACGUGCCGUCGGGAAAUCUGGGCUCAUGGGAGGUAUUCUGAGUCCGUUUGGAGACAUUGACGUUCUCGACGAGCUGAAGGACCAGUGGACCCACGAUUCCAAGGAUCUGGAGCGGACGUACUUCAUUCGGACCCUGCAGGGGAUCUCGCAUCAACGAUCGAUCCGCAUGACAUUUGUAUCCGGAGCAGUCAACACAUGUGGAGCGGGUCUUGUCCACGAUCCAUCUCACCCAUCAGACCACAAGACCAUGUACCAGAUUAUUUCGUCGCCGGUGGUGAAUACUCCGCCUCACAGCUAUGUUAUGAAACUGCUCAACAACAACAAGCCACUCUACAUCCCUGCGAAUGGACAGCGAUCCACCCCAUCACAACCGACCGACACGAAAGAAGACAUGAUGGAGAUCUUUACGCACGACGUGACGGGGCAACCCAUCAACAAUCGGAAAUUGAUGGCACGGCGCAACUAUGUGGCAGUUGUGGUCUAUGAUCCCGAAGUGGUCAAUGGCACAUUUGGGCAGACGGACAUGCACCGAGGAUCGGGCAAGUUGAGUCUGGCGGCCGACUUUUUGGUGCAGGGAGAAGGCGCAUAUGGAAGCGUGGUCAAAUACGGACCUGUGGUUGUGCCGAGCCUGGAGUAUGGGCGCUGA